AUGUUGAUGCUGCAUGAUGUGGCCGGACUCAAGCAGGCCGAACCCCGAAAGGUGGCGUGCGGAAGUGCGCACAGCCUUCUCCUGCUGAGGGCCGAAGGGGACCAGGACGCUGAGGAAAGAACUCAAGUCCUUGGCUGGGGAAACAACCGGCACAACCCCUUGGGCCUACGGCGAGGCGACAAGCAGGACAGCUCAGAGAAGGCCAAUGGGAUUUUCGAGCUCACCACUCGGGUGUUUGAGGAAGGAGAGGUGGGCAAACGAAAGACGCAAGCGUCCAGGCAAGUCGUGGAGGUGGCUUGCGGCAGCAACCACUCGGCGAUUUUAGAGGUGUUGGAGCCCGUGUCUGCGGCCAACGCCGAGCAGCCGAUUAUUGUGAAAUCCCGGCUUCUCACCUGCGGCAAUGGCGCCAAUGGACAGCUGGGUCAUGAGGAGACGUCCAAAGACGAUGAUCUCCCGCAGCCGGCCGAGGUGAAAUUCCCGGUGCAGAAAGGCUGCCAGCUGAUUGUGCAAAGAGUCUGUUGUGGUGCCGAUCACACCUUCGCCAUUGUGAAUAUUUCUUGUGCUUCGUUUACGGAGGCCGGGCGGUUGUUCGCCUGGGGCUUGGGUAGCUAUGGCGCCUUAGGCAUCGGGUCGUGGGCUGAUUGCCACACCCCCACGGAAGUGUGGUUUCCUGAGGAUGAUGCGGAAGCGCACAGGCGUCUCACCUUCGUCUACCAGGUGGCGGCCGGCACCAAGCAUUCGGUCGCCCUCACCGACAAGGGCCAGGUCUACACCUGGGGCCAUGGAGGGCAUGGCCGACUGGGCCUCGGUCAGGCCAAGGUCCGGGGUCAGAACUCCUACAGCGCGGAGUUCGUGCCAAGGCAGGUUCGGUGCCGUGGAGGGCCCAAAGGAGGCUCCGUCAUGUAUGGAUGCCCCGGCCGCAAACCCAAAGAUAUGGCAUCUCCAGAGACCCAAGAAGGUGGUGAAGUGUCUGACUUGGACAGCGAGAAGACUUGCACGUUCUUCGACUUGGCUGCUGCUUUGGCCAGCGUCCAGAUGCCGGAAGACCUGCAGCCGAGGAAGCCGUCGCGGCCACGGCAGACGGCGCGGCCAAGGAGCUUGACAAUCAAACAGGCUGUCGUGCGGGCUGGGCCGACCCGGAGCCCAUCGCCCUGCAAGACCCCCUCGCCACAGAGGGGAGCCACCUCGGACUGGCGAAAACGGACUGUGUCCUGCGCGCGUGCGGCGAUUCAACACCUUCGUGCUCCGGCUGAGGAGGUCGAGGUAGACGAGGAGCUCACUCAGGAGCACCCGGCACGCGUCGCGGCCGAACGGUCCGAGCGCUGGCUGCGGCUGGCGCGCAUUGCGCUGCUCGAGUUGGGCACCCGGGGGCCCAAGCACCCCACAGCACCGCCAGGUCAGCUGGCCCACAAGACCGCUGCAGAUCAAUCAGAUCAGGAGGAUGCUGCUCCGGCGCCUGACACGGACACGGGUCCGGGCAUGGAGGCAGACUGGCGAUCGCCGCAGGUGUGCUUGGGCUACCUGCUGGAGCAGUCCGUGACGUGGCUCGAGCCCGAGUCCGACGACGACCUCCACUCGCCCAAGGCCUCGGUGCCGCCCGCGGAGGAGGAGGAAGACCCCCACCCGGCGAUGAAGGCGAUAGCCCGGCAGCAACGGGCGCCGGGAUUGGUGGAGGGGCUCCCCAAGUGCUUGAGCUUCUGA